AUGUCGCCUGGGGCCCAGUGCGAGCCUAGCAACAACAAAUUUAUCUAUCAUAAAUUUACAGUUCUUGUUCUAGAGAACGCCCGUGUCAUCGAUGGCACAGGGGAUGCACCGCAGGAAGCUCAAACAACUAUUAUUGAAGACGGCAAAACGAUUAUCCCGGGCUAUGUUACGCACCGUGAGCACCUCUACUACCAUUCCAUGUCGCAAGUAACGGGCAUGCCCUACCUAGCCAUACCGUCUAUGGUCACUGUCCCGCGCCUCUACCUCUCUGCUGGUGUGACCACGGCGCGAUCUAUCGGGACCUAUCACCCGUUCGACGACCUAAAACUGAAAGAAGGCAUUGAAAAAGACAUUCUUCUUGGACGAGACCUAUUCCUCACCGCGCUGUUCAUCCAAGGAGACCCAAAGUACUACCAGCUAAUGCCCGAAAUCGCUUAUGCUGAAGCUGCGAAGCGCGAAGUCCGAUACUGGUCUGAACGUGGCUUCCACAACUUCAAAACAUACGUCGACAUCUCACGCUCGCAAUUGACAGCGGCUGCGGGGGAAGCCAACUUACAUGGUAAGAAUAUUAACGCACAUCUUUGCUCGAUGUCAAUUCUCGAGGCCAUAGAGCCUGCGAUUGACGAGAUCGGGCAUGGAUUCCAGUUCACCGCCGUCGAUAUCCUGCGGCUGCGGAAGGGGAGAGGCGGCGUUUGA